UGGAGUUGGUGCUGUAGUUACAAGUGCUGUCUGGGAAAACCAUGGCUGCUGCGGUCCGAGGGAUUCGAUCAUGCAAAGGAUUUAUUUCAUCGACACGUCACUGCAGCCAUAGCGUUGCACUCAAACCUCAGUAUGAUGCGAUUAUAAUCGGUGGAGGUCACAAUGGCCUUAUUGCUUCAGCAUAUCUGCAGAAAGGCGGGCUGAAAACUGCUGUACUGGAACGUAGACACGUGCUUGGUGGAGCAGCUGUGUCUGAAGAGAUUAUUCCAGGGUUUCACUUCUCCAGAGCCUCCUAUCUGCUCAGUUUAUUGCGUCCACACAUCUACAAGGACCUCGAGCUCAAGAAAUAUGGCCUGAAGGUAUACAUGAGGGACCCCCAUUCGUUUACCCCCAUGCUGGAGGAGGGGGUCGGAGGGCGGCCACAACGCUCCCUACUGCUGGGAGCUGAUCUGGCAAAGAACCAGCAAGAGAUUGGCAAAUUCUCAGAGAAAGAUGCCAAGGCCUAUCCUGAUUUUCUAACCCACUUGGAAAGACUGGCCUGUGCCAUUCACCCUCUUUUGGAUGCACCACCUGUUGACAUUCCAGGACUGACUCAGGGAUCUUUGAGAAAGAGAAUAUCUGCACUGAGGAGCUUAAAACCCUUGGUGAAGUCUGGGGUAAAGCUGGGAAAGAAUAUUCCAGACCUUUAUGAACUAAUAAUGGCUCCAGUUAUGAAGGUGCUUAAUCGCUGGUUUGAAUCAGAGCCGUUGAGAGCCACAUUAGCCACCGACUCUGUGAUUGGUGCAAAUACAAGCCCAAACAAUCCUGGAAGCGGAUACGUCCUUCUGCACCAUGUCAUGGGUGAGCUGGAAAAGGAGAAGGGAGCCUGGGGUUACGUGGAGGGAGGAAUGGGCGGAGUUUCUCAAUCGAUCGCCCGCUCUGCACGCUCUUUAGGAGCAGAUAUUUUCACAGAGAGAGAAGUUGAACAAGUUCUUAUAGGUCAGGAUGGUUCUGCACGGGGUGUUGUGCUGAAAGAUGGAACAGAGGUCUCUAGUAAAGUGGUUUUGUCAAAUGCCACUCCCUACAUCACCUUCAAACAGCUUACCCCACAGGACGCCCUGCCAGAGGCUUUCAUCACAGCUGUGGAUCAGAUUGACUACACUUCUCCUGUUACCAAGAUCAACGUGGCUUUAGACCGGCUGCCUAAUUUCCUGGCUGCUCCGAACACACGGGAUGGAAAACCCGGUCCACAUCACCAAUGUUCAAUCCACCUGAACUGUGAAAGUGUGGAGUUAUUGGAGGACGCUUACAGGGAGGGCCAGCUGGGACGCCCAUCCUCCAGGCCUAUGUUGGAAAUGACCAUUCCCUCAGUGCUGGAUCCGACCCUCGCCCCCCGGGGUUGCCAUGUGGUGUCUAUAUUUACACAGUUUACCCCUUAUUUGCUGGAGGGCCGCCGCGAGUGGACCAAUACGGACAGGGAGAGAUUUGCAGAGACAGUAUUUAACUGGAUCGAGCAUUAUGCACCUGGAUUUAAGAAGUCUAUAGUGGGCAAAGAUAUUUUGGCUCCUCCUGACCUUGAGAAGGUUUUUGGUCUCACUGGAGGGAAUAUAUUCCAUGGCUCGAUGUCUUUGGAUCAGCUGUACCUGGCGAGGCCUUUGCCCUCCAUAGCGGAUUACCGCUCACCAGUCAAAGGACUGUAUUUAUGUGGCAGUGGCAGCCAUCCAGGUGGGGGUGUUAUGGGGGCAGCUGGCUGGAACUCUGCUCUCACUGUCCUGGCAGAUUUCAAACGCAGAUGAUGUCACGUAUGGCCUUCAGCUAGGAAUGUCACCUUUUGGUGGCCUGGUGGGAUAUUUUAAUGAAAACAGAGAUCAGAUCAUGUAAUGACGUCAUUUUGUGUGAUUCUUACGAAACUUGAAAAAAAAUGUGAAACACUCCCAAAAUCAUGCCCUCCAAAAUUGUUGCAUGUUUUUUUUACGCCAUUUCAAACUGUUUGUGAAAUAUACAAAUAAAUGAAUGAUUGACUACGAG